AUGGCCCGCGCCGCGCCCCCAGCCGCCGCCCGCGCCCCUCGCCUCCUCCGGGCCGCGCUGCUGCUCGUGCUCCUGGUCGCCGCCGGCCGGCGCGCUGCAGGGGCGCCGGUGGUGUCGGAACUGCGCUGCCAGUGCGUGAAAACCAUGCAGGGAAUCCACCUCAAGAACAUAUACAAUGUCACGGUGACGCCCCCGGGACCCCACUGCGCGCAAACGGAAGUCAUAGCCACUCUCAAGAAUGGGCAGGACGUUUGUCUCAACCCCGCAGCCCCCAUGGUUAAGAAAAUGAUGCAAAAGAUACUUGCAAAGAGCAGCACCAACUGACAGGUGAGAAAGAAGCCCCAAAGUGAAUGUUCUCGAAGGAGCGCCCGCUGAUAGAGGAACCCGAGAGAAACCAGCGAUGCCUGGGGACUGUUGGACUGUGCUGCCUGUGUUUGACUAUUUUCUGCGUUCCUUUUAUUUAUUUAUAUAUGUAUUUAUUUAUUUAUUUGUCUUUCACAUUUUUGUAUUUUAAUGCCUCAUUUGGUAUUUUAAAGAUAGGAAUUUGAUAAUUUACUGUUUUGUUAUUUUUAAAAGUUGGUAAGAGUUCAGUCCUGACUUAUUUAAUUUGAAGACAGUGAGUUUUAAAUGUUCUCAAAUUAUUAUUUGGAGAGAAUGUAUAGCAUGCUGGCCACUGUGAUUGAGGCUAGAUGUUAAUCAUGUGAGAUCCGGGGAAAUAGACUGCAAGUUUGGGGAAUGUAUGUGCAAAUGUAUGUUUGUAGCUGUUUGGAAGAACAGCGGGUGUUAUUUAUUGUUGUUCCAAAGUAUGGGGUCAACAUUUCACAGGUGAUAAUUUACAGUAUAUAUGGUGAACAUUUCAGAUGUUGAAGCUUUAAACUCUACAAUGUUCUAAAUAUCCUUUGGACAUUUUAUGUCUUCCCUUGUAAGGCAUACUGCCUUGUUUAGCAUAAAUUAUGCAAUGUCUUUCUCUAUGUCUUGGCAUAGAAAAGUUUGGAUAUUUAUAAAUAUGUUUUUUUUUAAAU